AUGAGACCUGCGGGUCGUCAAAGCGAAAUGCCGGGAACAACUCGUGUGUUCGCUUGUCAAUCUUCGGAGUCGAAACAACCUAUGCAAAGCUCCACGCAUUCAAAGCGAAGUGAUCUAGAUACCUUAUUGGAAUUGGGGGCCUUCCAUUAUCCUCUGGAUUUGAACACAGCGGAUGUAACAAAUCAUGGAACAAACACCAUUCGGGCCUUGGCUGAUAUGUUUACCUGCAGGUUGUCCAAUUUCCCGGUCACCGUUGGAAUUUUCACCGCGCAAAAUGACAAAGAAUAUCUCUCUCGACUUGCCAGUGAACUCAGAAAUAUCAGUCGUCUUUCGGGACCUUUGGCUCUUCGAUUCAGUGUCCUGCUCUUUUUGUUCCCUUUAGUUGUGAGUACCUUCCUGGGUUAUGUGGUCGGUAUGUUGACCACGUGGCAAGUUGGUUUAUCCAUUGGACAUAUAGGCAUGUUCCUGCAAAUUACAUUCCUUGGUGAAUUGAAUAGAUCGGGAAUUGAAGCUGGCCAACAUCUGAUAACUGUCUCUGAGGUGGUUCCUACAUCCAUCAAAUAUGCGUUAAAAGAAGUCCACACAGACGGCCGUCGUAAAGCUAUCAUAUGA